GCUCGUUCCCCGCGGAGUGCUGCCUUUGGGGCGGAACUCACUUCAUCACCGAGCUACAGACCGGGCACGCCGCCGUGUUUCACCCUGAACAUCUGUUAGCUGCUACGUUACUUCGUUUGCUUCUCCGUUCACCAUGGCAGAACGAGAGGACCUAGUGUACCAGGCCAAACUCGCCGAGCAGGCAGAGCGAUACGACGAGAUGGUGGAGUCGAUGAAGAAAGUGGCGAAGAAGGACGUGGAGCUCACAGUGGAGGAGAGGAAUCUACUAUCGGUGGCCUACAAGAACGUGAUCGGAGCUCGGAGAGCCUCCUGGAGGAUAAUCAGCAGCAUCGAGCAGAGGGAAGAGAGCAAGGGUGCCGAGGAAAAGCUGAAGAUGAUCCGGGAAUACAGGCAAACGGUUGAACAAGAAUUGAAGAACAUCUGCAACGACAUCCUGUUAACACUGGACGGUAACCUCGUCCCCUCUGCCACGAACGGAGAGUCCAAGGUCUUCUACAACAAAAUGAAGGGCGACUACUUCAGGUACCUGGCAGAGUUCGCCACGGGCAACGAGAGGAAGGAAGCGGCGGAGAGCAGCCUGGUGGCCUACAAGACCGCCACCGACCUCGCCAUGACGGAGCUGCCGCCCACGCAUCCCAUCCGCCUCGGCCUCGCCCUCAACUUCUCCGUCUUCUACUACGAGAUCCUCAACUCACCCGACCGCGCCUGCAGGUUGGCCAAGGCGGCGUUCGACGACGCCAUCGCAGAGCUGGACACACUGAGUGAAGAAAGCUACAAGGACUCCACGCUCAUCAUGCAAUUGUUACGCGACAACCUGACACUAUGGACUUCAGACAUGCAGGGAGAGGAGUCCUAAAGGAAACUGUUCAUUUCCCAUGUUAACUGUACUUUGCGAAGAACAGAACAAAGACGCACUGCAAGACAUCGAGGGCGAGGAGGCCCAGUGAGACUCCUCCACCAACAGCCAACACCCUGCGACCCCCCUCCUCCUCCCCCCUCCCCCCUCCACACCCCUCCACCUGUGCAGCUCCAGCACCCAGCAGGGCGGCGGGGCUAACAACUUUAGUUUCUCUUCUUUUUUUUUUUAUUUUUAUAUUAGCCCUGACAUCAUUCAAGUAAAAAUAAAAAUGGAAAAAAAAAAAAAAAAAACACUUAAUGGAGACAGGAAGUAAAAUGUUAGAAAGACACAGAUAAAGAAAAGUCCCUGGAUUGUUUUCUUUCUUUUUGUCCAUUUCGUCCUGGUACAAGCAUUUCAUUGUUCAUUUCAUUUGGGUUUUUUUUUUUUUUUUUUUUUUUUUUUGCUUCUCUCUCUCUCCUCAGUAUUUGUAUCAGUUGCUGGAUGUUUUGACAAAUUGUUUUCUUAAUGUAAUUACAGAAAUUAACUUUUAUUACUGACAACGUCGACUAAACUAGGAGCUGUUUUGUGUUUUUUAGCGUGGCGCAGACCGGUUCCACCUCCUCGCGGGCAGAUUGCAGAACAAGUGCCCUUCUUUCUUUCUUUCUCUGUCUUUUUUUGUUCAUGGUUUUUCAGAAGAAGUCUGCGAUAGACGAGGCGUUCUCCUCUCCUCCAGCGCGGUGACGGUGUGGUCCCGUCGUCGUCCUCGGACUGUACUGUGCUGAAUACUGUAGCUGUAGCCUCACGCCGGGCGUUUCCACUUUUAAAGAAAAAAAAAAAAUCAUGAAUUUGGGAGAUUUGGUCGCUGUUGUGAGUGACAGGUGUGAUUCAAGCCCCGCCUCUUCAAACAGGAAGUGGUUCGGUGCUUUGCAUGAGUUCAAACAAUGAUUUCUGGCUGCUUCUCCCCCUGCUUCUUUUGUUUUAUUUGAAGCUCCUAUGUUCUUUGGGUUUCCUCCGUCGCUCUUUUCUCGUUUUCGCUUCAUUACGUGUAGCUUGGAGCUGAUUUGUACUACUGGAUAUCUGACUGGAGCCACAGACAGGGAAUCUGUAUCGUUCUGACAAACACAGCAUGGAAUUAACAUUAAACCAUCUAAAUUAAACAUUACAAUCCGA